AUGUUUGCAAGGGCCCCUGUCUGUUUCGCCUGCAAGCGACUGGUAGCUCUGCGGCCCUUGAGACGACCGCAGGAUCAAUACAUUCAUGCGGCGCCGACAUUGGAGCUCCCCCGCCGGAGGGAUUUCUUCUCAUCAAAUGCCAUCCUGGCGCAAAACCAACCGAACAGGAAUGAUGAAUCAAUCGAUCAACUAGAACAUCAGAAACAGCGGAAACGUGCUAGUAGAGUCCCAGCAGCACCAACUUCCCUACGUCGAGUUGCCGUGGAGGCACAAAGGUCGAGGGAUGGGGUUCUUUCAAAAGCCCAGCUCAAGGAGCAGGGCAUUGACCAGACUAAGACAGUGACUGCCUACGCCGUAGCCGAGAAAUUUGAUAUUCGCAAAGCCCGGGAAAUCUUGCAAGACAAAGGGUAUGAGGCGGAUCCACUAGAGACAGGUCUCUAUCCCCAAGUCGUCCACGUCCAAAUACCCAUCGAUUCAAUACGCCGGGUGGGAAACCCAUCGACCACUGGAUUGUCGUCCGAUGAAGCUGGCGAUGUGUUUGUCUUUCCGUCUGGAACGGUGGUGGCGUGGGCCCUCCCCGAAGGAUUCACCUCGUUUCUGGCAACAAGAACUCUACUCCCCGCAGCUGAAGGAGCUCAUGUGGAUGAUCUGGAAACGGAAGACCUUGAAUUCGUGGAAGAUCCAAGGCGAGACAAUAGCAGCAUCAAGGGCGACACCAUCAUUUUGGGCACGCGAAAUGGAGUCGACGGGCUAGGAAUGCCUCCUGCGAAACAAGAAACUAUUGACACAGUUCUGACUAAGGUUGCAUUUUCCUCGGGCCUAGCUCGAAGUACGAAGCUGGCUGUUCUGGAAAGCCUUUUGUCGAAUUAUUUCGAGUCGACACGCACUAUCCCCACACUUCUCUCUCAAGGUUCACGUCUCCCAUAUACCCGGGACUUCAUUCUUCGCAAGACCGGGCAGCUUCUCAGCGUCCGUGCACAACUCAAUCUUUACUCCGAACUUACGGACUCUCUUCCAGACCUUUUCUGGGAUAGUCGACAUGAGCUUGGCCUUGAGGGGUAUUACGAACAGGUGGGCAGAGCCUUGGAUGUAGGGAUCCGUAUCAAGCUCCUGAACGAGAAGAUGGACUACGCGCAAGAAAUUGCGAGUGUGCUGCGAGAACGUCUCAGUGAAACACACGGUCUCCGACUGGAGUGGAUCAUCAUUUUGCUCAUUGCCGUCGAGGUCGGCUUCGAGGUGCUGCGGCUGUGGAAAGAGAGAGUGCAUGAGCAGGAAGAGAAUACGCGGAAGGAGGCGUCCGUCAUCUAA